CCCGGUUGCCUCACAGUUUCCAAAUUUGAAAAUCUCUAGCUCAAAAUUUUCUGUGUUUCGAGCAGAAAGUCAGAACCACUCGUCUUCUAGGGUUUUGUCAAUAAAUGAUCCCUCCUUAAACCAAUAUGGGUAGUCAUUCCGUUGUUAAGAAGCCCCGUGUUGAGAAGAUUUCUACAAUGGCCGAAAAGAAAAGACAAGUGAUUGAAAUAGGUGAUUCUUGCUCUUCCCCUGAUAAAAAGGGCACUCCUUUGAGGCCCAUUUUCUGUCUUAAAAAUAGGGAUGACAUCAAGAAAUUUGAGGAGCAGGAAGAUUGCUUUAUUCUUGAAUUUGAUCCCUACGAUGAUCUGGAAGUGCUGAAGUUAUCUUUUCCAAAGGAUUGCGGUAAUGCUGAGGCUGACGUGCGUGUAGUUGCUGAGAAAGGGCAGGUGGCAUGCAGAGAUUAUCCGCAUCCGAGGCACACAUGUGCGAAAUAUCCAUUUGAGAAGACACCUCAUGACAGUCACUGCAAACUGUGCUACUGCUACGUUUGCGAUUCAUCUGCUCCUUGUUCAAAGUGGGCUAAUCACUGCCAUGCAUUCAACAAUGAAUCUUGGAACCAAGAAAAGAAGCUGAGGAGACGAGAUGUCAAGACUAUAUAAUGUAACUGAUGAUAAUGGACUGUAAGAUAGGUAUCAAGAACUCAUAGGCAUCUGAACUAGUGUAUAGAUAUGCCAGGACGGUUGCUAGGUCAUGAGAAUGGAGAAAAAGGUGCAUUUACGUUUGAUAGCAUCCUGCUCAUGCAUCGGUUAACAUUUUGUAUAGUUUAAUGCGAAGUAUAUUAUAGGAAGUGGAGUGAAAUUGAAAAUGGAAAUACUGUUUAAGUUGAGCACUAUGUUUCUUGUUUUAAGUUGAUUAUGAAUCAGCUUAAUCUGAGAUAUGUAUCCUUUUGAUUUUGAAUAUCUGAUACAUAAUCAUCAUUUGAGGAAAAUUUCCAUGUUCGAAUAAAAACAGG